AGUUGACUCCAAAAAAGAAGCUGAAGAAGCCUGAUGAGGAGCCACAACCUGAGCCAACGCAGAGGGAGACUCAGGAGUCAAAGUCAGAAGAGCCAGAAAUGAGGGAGAUGCUGAAGAGAGUGAGACUUGGAAGUCAGAGCUAGAAGAGCCAGAGGUUAGGGCGGUGCAUAAGAAAGUGAGACUUAGGAGUCAGAGUUAGAAGAGCCAGAGGUGAAGAUACUCAGGUUGUCAUCCAGAGUGACUGGAAGAAUGAUUCUAUCACGUGGAAAAGUGUGGAGACCAAGUUAGGGAGGACAGAUGGUCUGUGGAGAGGAGAGACAGAGUUGGUCCAUGGUGGUUGGAGAUGAAGAGGUUGUCAGAAUUCGAGGCGUUGUCAAUGUGGCGCCUUCAGGAGUCACGUCCAAUCAAAGUCCAGCUUUCUGACAUCGAUGGAAAAGAAGACGUGUCAUUAGUCAACACUAAUGGUCACUAUGAGGACACCAAGGCAGAAGAUGGAGAAGAAACAUUCAAAACCAUCAACAUCACUGACAAGGACGUUUCAAAUGAAGGGUCCGGCGUUGCUGAGCAAAACAUAACUCUGGAGGUGACCAGCAUGGAGGCCAAGCAGAACGACAUCAAUGACAGCUUCAGGAGAUUCUUCAGUAGCAUCGGCUUCAGAUUGACGGUGAAGAGCGGGUCAGCUGACCAGCCCAAGACCCAGACGGAAGAACCAAGUGCUCCGGACAACACUGGGCAUCCGCCGACGGAAACCGGCGAGGAAAAGGUCGGACUUGUUGAGCUGAAAGAAGAAGAGAAGAGCAGCGACCCCACGGUGAGUUCCACACUCAUCGAUGUGACCUCAGAUGAUCUCAGAGACAAUACAGAUGACCAGACGCCCCAACGGCAAGUAGAUGCUGCAGCUGAAGCUGCCAGUUCUGCUGUGGGCGAGGCAUCUCACGUACAACAGGACACUAAAGUGGAUGAGGAACAACAGCCGACAUCUCCUUCUAGUCACGAGUGGGAAGUCCUAGGAUCUCCAAUGAAGAAGUUCUUUACCACAGGAAUCUUUUCAGGGCUGCGCAAGAAGAAGAAGACUGAGGACUUGGACACGAUGGGUAUUGGGGGGAGGGAAAGAGAGACAAGUAACGUUGCAGAUGAAGACCGGCAAAAGGAGUCAGGACCAGUAGAAGAAGCUGCUGCCCAGGAUAAGGAGAAUGUGAAGACUCAAGAAGAGAAAGCAAUGGAGCCUGAAAUUGUGAGCUCACUGGAGAAGGAGAGAGUUCAAGCCAGCCCCCUCAGGAGGCUCUUCGCCAGCCCCAGUUUGAGGAGGUUUGCGAAGAAGCAGCAGGAGAAGAUCCCCAGUGAGCCUGGAGAACAUGCCUCGGAUGAGCAGACAUCAGACGAGCGUCCAAAAGAUGAAGAUUCCAAAGAGACCAAAGUGGAGGAGAACAGUGCAUGGGCGUCCUUCAAAAAGCUGAUGACUCCAAAAAAGACGCUGAAGAAGCCUGAUGAGGAGCCCCAGACCGAACAAGCGCAGAAGCUCAGUGACGGCGACAAACUGUCCGACAGCAGCUCGGAGCAGAGCAGAAAGAGAAAAGACUCCUCAGUCUCUUGGGAGGCUGUUUUGUGUGGAUCUGGACGGAGAAGAAGCAACAGAGACUCUCAAGAGGACCUUCCAGGAACCAACAACAGCAAAUCCAAAAACGACAGCGCAGCAGAUGAACAAUCCGAAGACGCAGGUGCCAGUUCCCUGAAACAAGCCGAGCACUCUCCAGACAGCGAGGGCGGUUUCACCUGGAAUUCCUUCAAAAGGCUGAUCACCCCUAAAAGAAAAGCCAGGGAGGACGAAGACGCAGGUUCAAAAUCCACAGGCCUCAUGACUCAAGAUGAACUGUCAGUUCCAGCUGAAAGUGAUGUGCAGUCUGCGAGAAAAGCGCGUGAUGAGGCAGCCACAGCCGAGUCGGAUGAGGAGUCCGAGACUCCGGCUGUGAUUCCGUUGUCUGAGUUUCAGGAUGAUCUGAUUCCAGCUGAGGAGAAGACUCGCGUUCCUGUGGACGAAAACGCGGCUCAAAGAUCUGACUCACCGGCUCUGGACAGUGAAGACCCAAAGGUGGAAGAUCUUGCUGCUGUUUCGGAAAUGAAGGUGAUACUCGACGAGUUUACAGAGGCGAUUAGCAAGCACCCGCAGCUCAGCGACAUCCCAGAGGAGAGUGCUGUCCCGGAGACGAUGGCCCCUCCAGUCGAGGAGGAGCCUGCUGGAGAUGACACUUUGGCGGAGGAUCUGACUGACAUCACAUCAGAUGCCAUUACUGCUCCAGAGCCGGCGGACUUCACCCUCACUGAUGAGACCGAGAUGAUGUCUGCCGUGUCUCAGCUCUCAGAGUCACCCAAGUCCGGCGCCUCGACUCCAGUUCCGGCGUACUACAGCCUGGAGGAGACGGAGAAGGUCCUGGCACAGGUGGUGGAGACCAUUUCUGCAGCAACACAGAUGACCCCCUUGAGUUCAGAGGAGGUGAAUGUGAAACACAUCGUGGGGUCCAUCUCCAAUCAAUCACUGGCAACUGUUUUCAAAGACGAGCCAGCGCUUCUGGAGAUCCACCGAAAUUCCGACACAUCCAACAUCCAAACUGGUCUGAACGUAGAAGAAAUGGUCGGGGAGAAGAACGUGGAAGCCACAGUGGAACUAGAGAGCCUAUCAGGAAUCAGCAAAGCCUUGUACACUGAGAUGACAUCUGAGGUCGCUCCCGAGGACUUGGAACAGGCGGAAAUGGCUGUGGAUGAGGUCCUUGUCUUACAGUCGGAGGAAGUGCAAAUCCAACACGCAGGAUCAAAAACCCAAGUAGAGGAUUCUGAACUGAUGUCUGAAGAAAGUGGAGUUGAAGGUGCUUCGAAAGAAGCUGAUGAAGGUGAGGACCUCAAAGUAGCUACGGUGGAUGAGCUCCAGAUAGAAAGGUCUGACUUAAAGGAGACCGUUGUUCAAACAAUGGAGAUAUUCGCUUCAACUGCUGAACCUGUAAGAGAUACAGAAGAAGUUGGACAUGAAGAAGAGCUGUUGCCACUUACAGACAUCAACAAGACUCACAAUGAAGAGUGUCAUGAUCAAUCUACUGACUCACCAGUGGUGGUCUCUGGUGAUGGUCCACAUGCAGACUCAGCCAGAGGAGAGAGGCAGGAAACACCAGCUGAAGAAUGUAGUGUCUCUACAGAGGAGCAUAAUGUCCAAAUAGUUAAAAAGGAAAAUCCUUUAGAUGAUCUAUCUGGAGAUCGACAAACCGAUAAUGAAUCAGAGAGUCAGCCACUAGAAGAUCUAAAAACACAACGGACAACAGAAGCUGAGAGUGAGGCAGGAAAGCAAAAGCAUCCCCAAGAAUCAAUUUAUCAUGACCAAGAACUCGACCAGGCCAAGUCAGAGGAGUCCUGUGGUCCACUGAGUGCCUCCAAAGAAAUACCCUUGGGUGCCACUCCUCAAGGAGAAAUCCUGGAGGAGGAUCCAGCAUUAGAUGAUCAGGUUCUUGUUGAGGAAAGCAGUGGAGAGCCAGGAGAGUUAACAACAUCAGGGUCAGAAGGGUUCCCGACAGAAGCCACGUCAGAAGAGCCUGAAGGGAAACAAACAGAUGUUUCAGGUGACAACAUGACUCAGGAGACUCAAGAGGUGGAGUCAUCAGUUGAAACACAGGAAACGGUAUCAGAGGUGGAGGUAUUGUCAGGUGACUCUUUGGACAUGGGGAAAUCCCCGACUGAAACUGAAGCAGAGAAAGAUGGUGGCAAGGCUGAGUCAGUCCCAGAUCAAAACGUUCAGAAAAAUAGAGCACUGGAGCACUGGAGCAGAGGCACUGGAGAAGAGGACACUGGGCAGGUUGAAGACAUGGCUGAACAUCCUCCACCCUCAACCCUCAUCAGCCCACCACAAGAACCUCAAGCUCCUCAAACUAAACCAGUGGUGGACCCAGAGGACGCUCCGUGUGUUGAAGAAGUUUCUUCUGAGGAGACAACACCUGGCCCUUCUGAGGAGGCGGAAACGGACCCAGUUUCAGAUGAGAAAUUACUGAGAGAGGAAACAGAUGAAAAAGAUUCUGACAUUGAAGAGACUCCUGGUAUGACGGCAGUGGAAUCAGUGGUGCAAAGAUCAGGAGAGUCAGAAGAGAGGUUUGACUGUAACUCAGUUCAAAAGGAAGAAACCAGAGAGGCUGCGACUGAACCAGUAGACUCUGUUGGGUUGAGCUCACAAGAUGUCGUCAGCGAGGUCAUUCCAGUGCGUGGCCUUAUUCCUGGAUCAGAAGAAGCACAGCCUCCGGUACAACAUCACACACCAGAGUUAAGUGAUGCCAUGGAAGCUGCAGAAAAGGUGGAACUGGAGUUGUCUCAGUCAGAAGUGACUGAUACCACUCAACCCAGGGAAACAGAGGACACAGUCGAUGAAGAAGUGGAGAAAGAGCUGCUGCUAGUGGAAACAGCCACGGCGACUACCCUGGACACAGAGCAGAGCAAUGCUGAGUCAGAUGAAAGGGUUACAGAGACAGAAGCAGUCUUUUUGGUUGAGGCUCAGGGAAACAGAGAGGCAUAUGUGGAACCAGAAUCACCUCAGGUGGAGCCAGCAAGGAAGACUUGUGCUGGCUCAGAGCAGCGUGACGUCGAAGUCAGUGGAGAAGGUAACGUAGCCAAUACAGAUCAAAGUGAACAGCACUCAUCGAUACAGGAGUCAACAAAAGAGCAGAGUCCUGUUGAAAAAAUGGACUGUGCUUCAGAAGAUACUGAAGAAACAGAUGUUUCUAAAGACACAAAGGAGAAAACAGAGGAUCCAGAAUCAGUCAAAUGCAGCUUUGAAAAUGUUGACACUUCACAACCUGACCAACCCAGCGAAGAAGACCUCAGUGCUCCAGAGGACCUGUCAGGGAAGGAAGCAGUCAGGGAUCCAGAUGUGGCUCCUGAAAAUGAGUCUUCAGAGCAGUGCUUCACUCAAAUCACUGAGACUGUUGUUAGAGAGUGUCCAGCGCAGACAGUCCAGGCAGAGGACCUCAGGAACCAGGAGAUGGAGGCACCAAAAGAUGAAGACACAAGUCCAGACUCUGUGAACCAUCAAGAUAUUCUGACCCACACAUCAGAAGACAGUGUAGAUCUUGAGGACACUAACACUGCACCAGCUGAGAAAGAGGACGACCUGAGCAAAGAAAAUGUGCCACCUUCCAUCCUCAUCAGACUAGAAGAACCUGAAGCUCCUCAAACUAAACCAGUGCUGGACCCAGAGGACACUCCAAGUGUUGAAGAAGUUCCUAGUGAGGAGACAACACCUGACCCUUCUGAGGAGGCGGAAAAGGACCCACUUUCAGAUGAGAAAUUACUGAGAGAGGAAACAGAUGAAAAAGAUUCUGACAUUGAAGAGACUCCUGAUAGGAUGGCAGUGGAAUCAGUGGUGCAAAGAUCAGGAGAGUCAGAAGAGAGGUUUGACUGUAACCCAGUUCAAAAGGAAGAAACCAGAGAGGCUGAGACUGAACCAGUAGACUCUGUUGGGCUGAACUCACAAGAUGUCGUCAGCAAGGUCAUUCCAGUGCGUGGCCUUAUUCCAGGAUCAGAAGAAGCACAGCCUCCGGUACAACAUCACACACCAGAGUUAAGUGAUGCCAUGGAAGCUGCAGAAAAGGUGGAACUGGAGUUGUCUCAGUCAGAAGUGACUGAUACCACUCAACCCAGGGAAACAGAGGACACAGUCGAUGAAGAAGUAGAGAAAGAGCUGCUGCUAGUGGAAACAGCCAAGGCGACUACCCUGGACACAGAGCAGAGCAAUGCUGAGUCAGAUGAAAGGGUUACAGAGACAGAAGCAGUCUUUUUGGUUGAGGCUCAGGGAAACAGAGAGGCAUAUGUGGAACCAGAAUCACCUCAGGUGGAGCCAGCAAGGAAGACUUCUGCUGGCUCAGAGCAGCGUGAAAUCGAAGUCAGUGGAGAAGGUGACGAAUCCAAUACAGAUCAAAGUGAACAGCACUCAUCGAUACAGGAGUCAACAAAGGAGCAGAGUCCUGUUGAAAAAAUGGACUGUGCCUCAGAAGAUACUGAAGAAACAGAUGUUGUUUCUAAAGACACAAAGGAGAAAACAGAGGAUCCAGAAUCAGUCAAAUGCAGCAUUGAAAAUGUUGAGACUUCACAACCUGACCAACCCAGCGAAGAAGACCUCAGUGCUCCAGAGGACCUGUCAGGGAAGGAAGCAGUCAGGGAUCCAGAUGUGGCUCCUGAAAAUGAGUCUUCAGAGCAGUGCUUCACUCAAAUCACUGAGACUGUUGUUAGAGAGGCUCCAGCGCAGACAGUCCAGGCAGAGGACCUCAGGGACCAGGAGGUGGAGACACCAAAAGAUGAAGACACAAGUCCAGACUCUGUGAAUCAUCAAUAUAUUCUGACCCACACAUCAGAAGACAGUGGAGAUCUUGAGGACACUAACACUGCACCAGCUGAGAAAGAGGACGAACUGAGCAAAGGAAACGUGCCACCUUCCAUCCUCAUCAGACCAGAAGAACCUGAAGCUCCUCAAACUAAACCAGUGCUGGACCCAGAGGACACUCCAAGUGUUGAAGAAGUUCCUAGUGAGGAGACAACACCUGACCCUUCUGAGGAGGCGGAAAAGGACCCAGUUUCAGAUGAGAAAUUACCGAGAGAGGAAACAGAUGAAAAAGAUUUUGACAUUGAAGAGACUCCUGAUAGGAUGGCAGUGGAAUCAGUGGUGCAAAGAUCAGGAGAGUCAGAAGAGAGGUUUGACUGUAACUCAGUUCAACAUGAAGAAACCAGAGAGGCGGAGACUGAACCAGUAGACUCUGUUGGGCUGACCUCACAAGAUGUCGUCAGCGAGGUCAUUCCAGAGUGUGGCCUUAUUCCAGGAUCAGAAGAAGCACAGCCUCCUGUAGAGGGCGCUGAUGGAACAUCUCAGCAUUCAGGAGAAGAAACAGCAGAGGCAGGAACUGGCUCAGGUUCCAGAUCCGAGCCAACAGUGGACAAGGGCUUCAGCUCUGAAAGAGAUGUGAUCCAGGACCUGAGUUUGGAGGAUGUCCAUCCAGAAUUGGUGCCUGAGGACACCUCUCUGACAGCGAUGGGAUGUUCUUCAGCUGAAUCUGAAAAUCUAACCGUUACGCUGACUCACGUCCAAGAGGAGAAUGUGUCAGAUGGUGAGCAGGAGGCUUCCCUAGAUGAAGAAGAGCGCAGUCUUGGAGUGCUCCAGAGGGUUGUGGAUGAGGCUGCAAAGGAAGAACUCGUAGUAGACCAUGGUGCUGCCCCCUGGGCCAAAGCUGCUGAGUCAGAGGAACAGAAAGAAGCUGCUGCUGAGGGACCAGCUCAUAUAACAGAGUGUGGGGGUGAAGAACCAAGGACAGUGGGACCUGAAGAGAAUGCUGCUCAUAUCCAACCACAAAAUGUAGCAGCAGCAGGACCUGCAGCAGUGUGUUCAGAUCUGGACCCUCCACAAACAGUUGAAGAGCUUAUGAAGGAUGCUGAAGAGGAAGGAGUCAGAGGAGAAGAACACAGAGAGGAACCUGCAGGUGACACACCAGAGUUCAGUGAUGCCAUGGAAGCUACAGAACAGGUGGGACUGGAGUUGUCUCAGUCAGAAGGGACUGGUACCACUCAAGAUGAGGAUGAAGAGAAAGUAGUCACAGGAGGAGAACACAGAGAGGAACCUGCAGGUGACACACCAGAGAUCAGUGAUGCCAUGGAAGCUACAGAACAGGUGAGACUUGAGUUGUCUCAGUCAGAAGGGACUGGUACCAUUCAACUCAAGGAAAAAGAAGCGAUAGCCAGUGAAUCUGAAGAGGACACAGUCAAAGACCAGGGCGAUGAAGAAGUGGAGAAAGAGCUGCUGCUAGUGGAAACAGCCACGGCGACUACCUUGGACAUGGAGCAGAACAACGCUCAGUCAGAUGAAAGGGUUGCAGAGACAGAAACAGCUCAGGGAAACAGAGAGACAGACAUGGAACCAGAAUCACCUCAGGUGGAGCCAGCGAGGAAGACCUCUGCUGGCUCAGAGCAGCGUGAUGUUGAAGUCAGUGGAGAAGGUGACAAAUCCAAUACAGAUCAAAGUGAAGAACGCUCAUCGAUACAGGAGUCAAGAAAGGAGCAGAGUCCUGUUGAAAACGUGGACUGUGCCUCAGAAGAUACUGAAGAAACAGAUGUUGUUUCUGAAGACACAAAGGAGAAAACAGAGGAUUCAGAAUCAGUCAAAUGCAGCAUUGAAAAUGUUGACACUCCACAGCAUGACCAACCCAGUGAAGAAGACCUCAGUGCUCUAGAGGACCUCAGACAGAAGGAAGCAGUCAGGGAUCCAGAUGUGACUCCUGAAAAUGAGUCUUCUCUGAAUCCAGAGCAAUGCUUCGCUCAAAUCACUGAGACUGUUGUUAGAGAGUGUCCAGCGCAGACAGUCCAGGCAGAGGACCUCAGGGACCAGGAGAUGGAGGCACCAAAAGAUGAAGACACAAGUCGAGAUAGUGUGGACCAUAUAGAUAUUCAAAUCCACACAUCAGAAGACAGUGUAGAUCUUGAGGACACUAACCCUGCACCAGCUGAGAAAGAGGACGACCUGAGCAAAGAAAACUUGCCACCUUCCAUCCUUAUCAGACCAGAAGAACCUGAAGCUCCUCAAACUGAACCAGUGGUGGACCCAGAGGACACUCCAAGUGUUGAAGAAGUUCCUACUGAUAAGACAACGCCUGGUCCGUCAGAGGAGGCGGAAAAGGACCCAGUUUCAGAUGAGAAAUUACUGACAGAGGAAACAUAUGAAAAAGAUUCUGACAUUGAAGAGACUCCAGAUAUGACGGCAGUGGAAUCAGUGGUGCAAAGAUCAGGAGACCCAGAAGAUAAACAUCAUCAAGAAGUGCUGAGGCGAAAGACCACCAUGGAUGCAGAGCAGAGUUAUGUUGAGACAGCUGAGAGUGGUCCGGGAGCUGCUGAUGUGACAGACGUUUUUCCUGAAAAAGCAACUGAGGAAGCAGUUGUGGAAGAAAGAGAGCCACAAGAAGAUUCAGAGUCAUUGAAAUACUGUCAAAUAGAAGACACUCCACAGCCUGACCAACCCAGUGAAGAAGACCUCAGUGCUCCAGAGGUCCUCUCAGCGGAGGAGGCAGUCAGGGAUCCAGAUGUGACUCCUAAAAAUGACUCUUCUCUAAAUCCAGAGCAGUGCUUCGCUCAAAUCACUGAGACUGUUGUUAGAGAGUGUCCAGCGCAGACAGUCCAGGCAGAGGACCUCAGGGACCAGGAGGUGGAGACACCAAAAGAUGAAGACACAAGUCCAGACUCUGUGGACCAUCAAGAUAUUCUGACCCACACAUCAGAAGACAGUGUAGAUCUUGAGGACACUAACACUGCACCAGCUGAGAAACAAGACGACCUGAGCAAAGAAAAUGUGCCACCUUCCAUCCUUAUCAGACCAGAAGAACCUGAAGCUCCUCAAACUGAUUCAGCUGUGGACCCAUGUGUUGAAGAAGUUCCUUGUGAAGAGACAACACCUGGCCCUUCUGAGGAGGCGGAAAUGGCCCCAGUUUCAGAUGAGAAGUUACUGAGAGAGGAAACAGAUGAAAAAGAAUUGGUCCCUGAGGACACUUCUCUGACAGCUGAAUCUGAAAACUUAACCGUUACACUGACUCAAGUCCCAGAGGAGAACGUGUCAGAUGGUGAGCAGGAGGCUUCCCUAGAUGAAGAGCACAGUCUUGGAGUGCUCCAGAGGGUUGUGGAUGAAGCUACAGUGGAAGAACUCGUAGUAGACCAUGGUGCCGCCCCCUGGGCCAAAGUUGCUGAGUCAGAGGAACAGAAAGAAGCUGCUGCUGAGGGACCAGCUCAUAUAACAGAGUGUGGGGUUGAAGAACCAAGGACUGAGAGUCCUGAAGAGAACGCUGCUCAUAUCCAACCACAAAAUGAAGAAGCGCCAGCAGGAGGACCUACAGCAGUGUGUUCAGAUCUGGACCCUCCACAAACUGUUGAAGUGCUUACAAAGGAUGCUGAAGAGGAAGGAGUCAGAGGAGAAGAACAAAGAGAGGAACCUGCAGGUGACACACCAGAGUUCAGUGAUGCCAUGGAAGCUGCAGAACACGUGGAGCUGGAGUUGUCUCAGUCAGAAGUGACCGGUACCACUCAAGUUGAGGAUGAAGAGGAAGUAGUCACAGGAGGAGAACAUAGAGAGGAACAAGCACCAGGCUUGAGAGCGGUGGAUGGAACAGACUCGACAGAAGAUGCAGCUAAGGAAGUAAAAGAAGAAUUAAGCACAGGUGGAAUCCCGGAGGACCAAACACCUGGGACUGAAGCCACCAGUGAGCAGGAGAUGAGGCUUGCAACUCAGGAAACUCAGGACUCACUGCAAGUUGAACACAGCUGGGAGUCAGGACAACUGAAUGUUCAGGUGGUUGAGAGAGCUGUGGAGGAAGCUCUUCAGGACGAAGUCCUGCAAGACAUUCUGAAAGAAGAAACUCAAAUUGAUGACACCAAAACAUAUGUGGUUGAAAGUGAGCAAAGAAGAGAGGCUGGAAGAUGUGGCCCAGUGUCUGAGGUCGCUGUAGAUGGACCUCAUGAGGACCAGCCACCAGCAUCUGCAGCAGCAGGAGAGUGUUGUGUCCAGACAACCCAAAGUGUUGAGGAGGAGAAAGGACAGGACAGAGUUCCUGGGACCACAGUAAACAAAGAAAUACUAGCUGCUAGUGGUGACCAAAUUCAUCUUCCAGAAGCCUCAGAGGACUCAGAUGUGCGCUCAAAGGAACACAGUGUCGCAGAAGAAACUGGGAAAUCUAGGGAAAUACCAGCUGGAGAUGCUGUUGAAGAGCGAGGACACACAACUGGGAGCAAAUCAGAUGAACCAGCGGAGGAUACUGAGCAAUGCAGAGUUCACAUAGCCAAAAGGGAUGAAGUCGUUGGAAUGAAGUCUGAAACUGUGUUGGUGGGAACAAACCUGGUGCAACCAACUGAAGGAGUGAGCCAAGUGGAACCUGAAGAGGACCAGACUUCCACAGACCUCUGUGAAGACAAAGAGGAGAGUCGAGCCGUGAAGACAGACAGUGCUUCACUGGAGCCGGAGCCAAAAAAUGAGUUACCCUGCCGAGUGGAGCAGAAAGAAGGACAGGCCGAAGAGUUGGAGGCAGGGGAGGUCUGGCCAAGAGCAGAGCUGCUGCUCCAAGGAAAACCUCAUCACCACCAUUCACCAUCAACAGAACCAGAUGAAAUUCUGGAAGCUGCACCAGAACCCCAUACGGACAGGGCAGCACCCACCUGUAACGAGGUGUCCGCUGUGGAGGACACACAGGGAAAACGAUGCCCGAGGCCUGCAGGAGAGUCUGAGGAGUCUGAAGAGAUGAUGGUAGCAGGACACUCUCAGCAACAUCACCCUUCACUCAUCACAGUACAGUUGGAGACAAAGCUGGUCCAGCGUGAGGAGCCCAGAAACACUGUGGGAGCCAUUAGCAUGUCAGCAACAGAAGCUUACUUGUCUACAGAGGAGUCAAGUCUCGUACCAGAAACAAUGUCUUUCAGAGAAAAUGUCUUGACUCACGGCGCUGAAGUAACUGGAGAACUCAAAGCUACGGCGCUUCCUUGUGAAGAACAAAAGGAGUACUCAGGUGAAGUGGCCAGUCCGGAGGUGGAAACUCAUGAGGCUGAGCCUGCAGCAGCAGCAGACUUGUCUGAUGUUUCACCACCUCAGUCUAGGACUGACAGAGCACUGGAGCUAAAGAAGAUUAUAGUGACCUCAACCAUGCACCUGGCACAUGUGAUGAAAGAGACGGUCGAGGAGAUCAGAGUGGUGACGGUGCCGCAUGUGGAGGGUGAGGACGAGACCACGGUUCAUCUCAUGUCUGGGGUCAAGAUCAUGGAGAGCACACACCUUCACGCUUCAUUCGGAAAGAAGAAUGAAGAUGUUCUUCAACAUUUAGAGGAGCAACACAAGACACCCACUGAAGCGCUGAUGGACCUGGAGGAAAAUGAUGGAAAGCCCAGGCCUGCAUCAGAUCAUUUGAAAGAUCAAAGAUGUGAAGAAAUGGAUGAGGAGGACCAAAGAGAUGGUCUUCAGCUGAGCUCAGAUCCAGACCAGGUGGGUGAAACAUCUGAGGCAGAUGAAGAAGCACCUAUGCUUGAGGAUCUGGCCAACAACGUGUCAAUGGAAGGACCAUGUGUAGAGACAACAACACCAGAGUCUGGAACCAUCCAGACGGCUGAGAAGGCAGCACUGCAAGUUCCUGAGCUCAGCGUACGGGUCAAUGAAGCCCAAGACUUUCUGGAUUUAAGCCUCAGUGAAGCAGCACCAGAAGAUGAAGCUCAGAUUGAGAAGAUGGAGGAACCAGAAAGACAGUCGGCUUCAACAGAAACAGCUGUGAUCUUCAGUCCGCUGGUUAUUGUCAUCCAGGCGAUCCAAGAGACUGAAGAUGACCUCAGGAGGGCGACAGGUCGACAGCGUGCACCAGAGCAGGUGGCAAAAGUGGAUGGGAGCAAGCAAACAUCUGCCAAGGAUGACGAGGACGUUUGGCUUGACGCAGAGGAGAGCAUUCUGACUGAAGAGGAAGAAGCUGUGUCGCACGUGGAGGAGUUUGUUGACGCCGAUGAGGAAGAAGGAGAGGAGCAAGGAGAAGUGCCAGACACCUUUGAAAUAGCUCCUGACCACAGCGCUGAGGUGAAGGAGAGUGAGGCGGACACUCUCCUGGAGACAGCGAGUGACACAGAGGAGUUCACGGCGGCGCUCGAUGACCCGGACGUCCCCACCACCACUGUCGCCACCGCAGACUGAAGUCACACCUGCUUCUCUGAAGGUCCAUGGUCUGCAAAGUACCGCAGGAGCUCCUCCAUCGGCUUACACCAACCGAACCUGGUUUAGAACUGUUUAUUUUAAUGAAUAACCCCAAUAUCCUUUCACGUUUUCUGACUAUGAAUGUAAAAUGUGCAAAAUGCUGUUCAUGUUGGUGCAGAAAAGCAUUGUUGAUGGAACCAACUAACCACUGUGUUCCAUGCUUCUGGAGUCUAUGCAACAACCGUGAAUAUUGAGGCCUUGUAUCUAACUCUUCAAUAAAAGCGCUCAGAGAAGAUGCUGUCAGUCUCUGU